AUGAAGUAUGUGAUAUUGGCUUUGGUGCUAGCAAUAGCAGUAGGUACAUCAAGUGAAGAAAAUGUACUACAAUUAUUGGCUGAGUUAAAGCACAAUGCUGAAUUAGAAUUAGAAGGAUUAGAGUUAGCUUGGCAAAGAAGAAUCGGUGAAAAAUAAAGUGUUGCUGAUUCUCUUAAUCAAUCUGUGUUGAAUCAGAGAGCAGAAUGCUAAAACAAGGAAAAUGAUAUAGCAUAGAAGCAAAGUGAUAUAUUAGCAAGUGAAAGUUUUAUAAAUUGGAUGACUGGAAGAUAAAAGUCAAAUACAAAGAAAAUUGGAGUAUUGGAAGCAAGCAUGUAAGAGUAUUUUAAAUAUGAAGAUGCGCAUUAACAAAUAACUAUGUGAAUGACAUAAGAAAUUUUAGAUAUGCAUUGGCCUUAGUGAAGUUUUUGAGAGAAGAACUGACAAAAUUAGAAGGUGGAGCAUCUUUAGCUUAAGUGACAGAAUUCCAUGAUAGAGUUAGCAAAUUUGUAAAAUUGUAUCGUAGUGGAUAAUUGGUAAAUUUAAUGGAAAAGAUUGAUGAUAAAUCAGAUUUAAUAGUCCCUGAGAUUGAAUAGGGUACUUUUGAUGAAAUUUCAUUAAUUCAAAGAAUAAGACCAAAAGCAUUGACUUAAUUAGAUUAAGUUAAUGAUGAUGAUGAUAAGGCAAACAAUGCAGUUGUUCUUAUUCCAGGAUGCGAUGAUUAGAUUGGAACAGUAGUAGUAGUUUAGAAUGAUGAUGGAACAUCUGAUUCAGGAGAUCUUAAUGUAAAAAUAACAAAUGGAGGUGGAGUAAGUACAACUCCAAGUGGUGGUAAAUCAGGAUCUACUUCUAAGCCAACACAUAAAGAUACUACACCAAAGAAGGAAGAAACUAAUGAUGUUGAAGAUGUUGAUGAUACUGAUGAUGAUGUUGAUGAUGUAGAUGAUGUAGAUGAUACUGAUGAUGAUGUAGAUGAUGGUGAAGAUGUUGAAGAUGAUGGUGAAGAUGUUGAAGAUGUUAAUGAUGAUGUUGAUGAUACUGAAGAUGUUGAUGUUGAUGAUGAUAAUGAUGAUGGAGAUGAUGUUGAUGAUGGUGAAGAUACUGAGGAUGAUGAUAAUCAUCCUGAAAUAAUAAUUGAUGAUUAAUAACCAGAUCAUCAUGUUGAUGAGGAACCUCAUUUUGUUAUUACUCCUGAUGGUCCUCAUCCCACUGGAGCAAUUAUUCCACCUGGAGAAGAAGAAUUCCCUAAUGAUUGGCAAGUACUCAUAUUUAAUUAAUUCUUUAGGGAUUCAGAAAAUUAUUAGAUGCUAUCGAAAAUCAUACUAGAAGAUCAUUAGAAACUGGAGCUAAUGAUGAAGUCAGAUCUAAUUUAGGAUUCAUUGAUUUUAAAUUACAUGUUGAAUUGGAAAAUCAAUUCUUUGAUAAAACCAUCUAAUAUGAAAAAGAAUAUUUGGUAUUCCCCAUUUUAAUCAUAGGUCAAAUAAGUCAACUAAUUAACUACCAGAAGAUAAGCCUCAAUCUUAUGUGGAGCUAGAUUAAAAUAAAUUACUGUGGCUCAUCAAGUUGCUUUGAAAGUAAACUAUUAUUUUAUUUAAGGAUAUUGAUGCUGCUAAACAAUUCUAUGAAGAACAAAGAAAAUUGAAAUAAGAAGAAGUUAAUACCUUUGAUGAUGUUUAUCGCAUCUAUACCACACAAGUGAAUCAUUGAUAGAUAUAUAUUCGGAUAAAAAAUUAUCUUAAAAAU